AUGCUCAUCACGCUGUGUUACCUGUACCUGUGGGCGCGCUGGGGGCGCCGACCGGCCGCGCUCGUGCGCGCCACGGUGCAGCGGCUGCGCGCCUCGCGCUGCUCCUUCACCUUCUGCGGCGCGGCCGCGCGGCCCCGGGACGCCCGCGUGUGCCUGAGCCGCGGCGGCCGCGUCUUCUGCGUCGGCGAGAGCCAGUCCAUUGAUGACUUGAACAAAUGGGCCCUGUUUCUUGUGUCUCCUUUUAUACUUGAAGCAGAGCACAUAGCAUUUGUGACAGAGAGCAUUUGGGUGCAAGGUGAUAGUUUACAGAGACCGUCGUCCUCUGCGGAAACCACUGUGAAGUGGUCGGACUGCUGCUUGCCGUUAGCUUACAGACCUGGGGACCCUUACCAGUUAAUCGCCGAAGCAAGCGUGGAUGACUUCAGUAAGCUGGGUGUGGCGUUCCUGGAAGACAGGCUCCAGAUGGCUGAUGGAUUGGUACCUCAAAAGAUCGUUUCGGUGCACCUGCAGGACUGUACUCUGAAGGCCCUUGAGGAUCAGGCCUCAGACCAGCAAGCCCAGACCCUACAGCUGAAUCCCAAACCUUCCACUGAGACUCAGCCUGAGUCCGAGGUUAUGGCGCGCGUGGGUAGAGAAGACCCCAAGGUUCCUGGUGCAGAACCCACUCUGGGGGACGGGGGUGCCUCUGGCAGCGAGCCUGCUGGGGACCGUGACAGAGAGGUGGGCUCCGUCGAGCACUGUCCCCUCCACCUGUCUAGCUGCCACGAGUGUCUUGAGCUUGAGAACAGCACCAUCGAAUCUGUCAAGUUUGCAUCUGCAGAGAACAUUCCAGAUCUUCCCUACGAUCACAAUGGCAGUUUGGAGGAUGUUGCUGGUGACACCCGCCUGGAGAGAGAAGGGAGGAGAGUCAACGUCACGGGAAAGGCCCCCAACAUUCUCUUCUACGUGGGCUCUGCCCCCCAGGAAUCCCUAGGCAGGUUCCUGGAGAUCCGGUCUGUUCUGGCUGACUGUGUGGACGCUGACAGCUAUACACUCUACCGCCUGUCACGGGAAAGUGCUCUCAGAGACCCGUGGUCAGACAACUGUCUGUUGUUGGUCGUUGCCACCCGGGAGGCUAUUCCCGAAGACCUCGCCCAGAAGUUCAUGGCCUACCUUUCCCAGGGAGGGAAGGUGUUAGGCCUGUGUUCGUCCUUCGUGUUUGCUGGCUUCCAGGUGCUGAGGAAGAGCGUGCUCGAGGAAACAGUCCAGAACUUGGUUUUCUCCAAGGCUGACCAGACCCAAGUGAAGCUCAGUAUCCUGAGCAGUGGCUACAUUUAUGAGGAAGGCCCCGGGGAGCGCCGCAGCCUGGGCAAGCUCCAGGGUCACCUGGAGAAUGAAGACAAGGACAGGCUGAUAGUGCAGGUGCCUUUCGGAGAACAUGGAGGAGAAGCUGUCCUUUGCCAGGCGCACUUGGAACUGCCUCCCAGUUCUGCAGCGGUGCGAGCCCCGGAAGACUUUGAUCUGCUCAAAUCAAGCAAUAUCAGAAGAUAUGAAGUCCUUAGGGAGAUCCUGACAACGCUCGGCCUAAACUGUGACAUAAAACAAGUUCCUGCCUUAACACCUCUUUACUUGCUGCCUGUGGCCGAGGAAAUCUGGGAUCCUCUUAGGCAGUGGCUGGGGAAGCAUGCAGAUCCUAAAGGAGUCAUAAAAUCCAGCAAUCUCUCCCUUAAGUUUCUUUCAUCCUACACGUCUGAAAUGGAAAUCACGCCAUCUGUUCUACCUGUGGUGACUGAUGUGGAGGCCUUCUCUUCGGAAAAUUUUAACCUAGACAUCUACCGACAGAAUCUGCAGACUAAGCGACUCGGAAAAGUGAUUCUGUUUGCUGAAGUAGCGCCCACCACGAUGAAUCUUCUAGACGGGUUGAUGUUUGAGAUCCCGCAGGAAAUGGGGUUAAUAGCCAUCGCAGUCCGCCAAACGCAGGGCAAAGGGCGGGGAGCGAAUGCUUGGCUGAGCCCCUUGGGGUGCGCCCUGUCCACCCUGCUCAUCUCCAUCCCGCUGAGAUCCCAGCUGGGACAGAGGAUCCCAUUCGUCCAGCAUCUGAUGUCCCUGGCCGUGGUGGAGGCGGUGAGGUCCAUCCCUGAGUACCAGGAUAUCAACCUACGCGUGAAAUGGCCCAACGAUAUUUAUUACAGUGACCUCAUGAAGCUUGGUGGAGUUCUGGUUAACUCGACGCUUUUGGGAGAAACAUUUUAUAUACUCAUUGGCUGCGGAUUUAACGUGAGUAACAGCAACCCCACCAUCUGCAUCAAUGAUCUCAUCACAGAAUACAAUAAGCAACACAAGGCAGAGCUGAAGCCCUUAAGAACCGACAGUCUCAUCGCCAGGACCGUGACUGUGCUGGAGAAACUGAUCGACACCUUUCAGGACAAAGGGCCCAAUGGCGUCCUUCCCCUUUAUUAUAAGUAUUGGAUACACAGUGGCCAGCGCGUCCGCCUGGGAGGCCUGGAGGGGCCAGAGGUGUGGAUAGUCGGCCUGGAUGACUCCGGGUUCCUUCAGGUCGAGGAGAAGGACGGCAAGGUGGUGACCGUGCAUCCCGACGGCAACUCCUUCGACAUGCUGAGAAACCUCAUCCUCCCCAAACAGCAGUAGCGGGGCCCCGGGGGCCUGCGGGGGGCUGCCCCGGGCAGUGAGAGGGCCCGCGGAGCCUCCCCAGCGAGCAUUCCAGGUCAUUCCCACUGCCCUUUCCUAGCCCGAGGAUCUGGAAAACGGUUUUAGAGUUGUGAGGGAAAGUGCCCUCCCUCCAAUUAACCCGCGUAAUUCCUUCAUGUUGAUCUGUCUGCUGCCCUUUCCCUUGGCGUUCGCAGACGUCCUGAGGCAGAGGAAUGGCAAGCGGAGACUUAGUUCAGGUGAGGCACGGCCGCACGUGUAAAGUCCUUUUCCCCUCUUGGGCUUGGAUGUGUGUUUAUUGGCAAAAAAAAAAAAAAAGAAAAUUUUUAUUUGGAAAACAGCAACGGAAUAAUUCAGCUGUUUCCCCAGUAGCCAAGACCUGCACUCCAGACUAUUAAAAAACAAAUCCAAAAAAGUGUCCAGGCCCAGGCCAGUGAUGGUGCAGAGGUUUGGUAACACACUUUAUGAACAUUCAGGGAGGGGUUUUCCUAGAGGAACACAAGUUGGCACUUGGUGGAGGUUUUAUUUUUUUUGUUAAUGAGAAAAGAGUUGGUAGACUUCUGAGCGUUGACUCUGAGCCCGGGGGUUUGGCGGGCCAGCAACGGUGCCCGACAUGGGUGUCCCCGGUGUGGGUGCAGUGACCUUGUAGAGGAAAUCGGUGACUUACUUCGACAAGAAUCUACGAGCUUCUUUUUCGUAAGUUUGAAUUACUGCAGAUUCUGAAGGGAUGGGAUCAAGUUCAAGAUCCACAAUUAGGCCUCCCGUGCUUCGGGGUGGAUGAUUGGGCCCCAGCAGCUGGAGAGAAGACUCCCUCGCCCCACACACCACGGAGGAUUUGGAGCUUUUAAGCCCGUUGUAGGCUCACUUUGAAAUUGGGAGCAUUCCGGAAAGACCAUUUGGUGUACAGAAUGUACACGUACGUGGCAUUUUAUUUGUAAGUCAUAAUUUUUUUUGCCCCCCUCUUCCCUAAAUUGCCGAGAAACAAAAUGCAACGGAUACCGAACACCAUCAUUUAAGAGGGUGUGUGUGUGUGUGUGUGUGUGUGUGUGUGAUGCUUUAAAAGAAGAUGUUCAAGAUCGAUGCCCUAAAAGUCUCCAUGGAAGAACAAAAGAAAGGAAACCUUUUGAUAUGCAUUUGCGAUUUCCAGAUGUACUCCAUGCUUUUUCCAUGUCAGUCCUAUCUCUGCUGAACUUGGGAAUCAGACACAUUACUUUACAGCCUUAAAAGGCCGAUUUUUUUGCCCACUUUUCUCUCUUCCUGCCAGUUCCAACUGAAAUUAGUAAAAGGAAAACUGGAUGGAGCUCUCAGCUUUGAACAGAAUCCCCUUAUUGUUCACGAGUACCGGCUUCCUCCAGUCGGGCUAAUUCCAGAAACUGUGGUUUUCAGUAUAAAAUGUGCCUACCUUUAGCCAGGCAUAAGCAACACCAUAGGAAGCAGGGGAAAACAGCAUGUUUGCUUAAGUACACCAACCCCAUAUGUGUUUUUUCGGAAAUGUAAACUUUAAAAGAACUUCAGAAUUAAUUUUUGCAAAUAAGGCUUCCAUUAGAACUAUUUUUCUCAAAACAACAACAAAAAAACACACAAAAAAAUACGAAAACAAAAAACACCAAAAUACUGCUCUCUCUCAAGUGUCCAAGUCUUCGUUUGGAACUAGUGACAAGUUUCAGUCAAAGCCCACAGCACCCCCAGAAUCACCAAAUGGACUCACUUUAGAGAGGGCAUCUGCACAAUAUCGUCAGGAGGAAAGAUCUCCAGGCUAAUGUUGCAAGUUUCAUUUCUCAAACUUUGUAAUAUAAGGGCAGUCGUCUCUCAGGGCUCUGCCAUUGGUACUGUUUGAAUUUCUUUGGGGGGUUCUUUAAUGAAAAACAUGCUGUGUUUUGUUUUAAGCUGAAGUCCCGUUCUAGACAGUUCUGCUUUGGGGGAAAAAUGUUAUCAUUUAAUUUCCUUUCUGUAAAUUAAAACUAAUGAUGUGUGGCCGUGUCAGUGCAGAUGGGAGAUGUUCCGGGCAUACGGCUUGGCCUCUGUGCUUUCAAGACUGUUCCUUACGUGUGCCGCCACACAGUUGUCUUGGGGGAGACAAAAUAGAGACUCGAAGCAGAUGCUACGUUUUCCGUAAACCCGCGCUUGCCUCCUGUGAACCAAAGACUUAUGAAAUUCUGCUUCCUAGAGAACAGCUGAAUCAAAGCAUCUUCCUUAGAGCUCUUCGCAUUAGGGAAAUUAUCUACUUGCUACACUACCCUCAUGGAUUGGGGGCCUUCGGGCACCCGGCCAUCUCCGAUCUCAAGGAACUUUCAGGUCUUCACAGAAGUGUUCCAUUUUCUUCCUAGUCUUUAAAACAUGGCAACUGAACUCAGGAUUGGCCUGCGUCGCCAGGACACUGGAUUUGCUCCCAAGUUUAGAGGCUGCCCUUGAGCAUCUACCUGGUUAUGUAAAAAAGAAAACAAAACAAAACAAGACCUCCUCCCUUGCGGGUUGGCUGCAGAUUUCCGGGGAAACCAUGGGAAAGCGCCCCCUGAAGAUGCACAAGAAAGUUUUCCCUCAUUCAUAUUUUAUUUUCCAGAAGGGCUUCCCUGCUGAAGCAGCGCCCCUUGACCUUGGGCGAAGUUGAAGGAUCGUUUCUGGUCUGAAACAGCCGGUGGGCUUUGCUGCUGCAGACUUGGCCCAAUGUGGGAUCAAGUGGGUGAUGGGGGAGUGGGGGUGGGAGUUGCAUGCAGCCUCCAGUCCGUGCCCCCCCAUACACCCACGGGGAUGACCUGUGUACGUGCCCCUGCCCUCGAGCCUGGGAACCAGGAGAGAAGCCAGCCUCAUCGGGCAGCUUCAGGAUACACAAGCGGACAUUUUCGGCUUGCAUUCUGGAAGAUCUCUUUGCUCAUAACAGGCAGAACGGGAGACUCCUCAUUCCUGGGUUAUUACUAUGCACAUCUGAAAUUUUAAACCUUCGCAUUUUUACCUUUUCCAAAGAACUGUCUCAGAAAAGUGAUCACUUUAAGCCAAUGCCUAUAAAAAGCAAGUCUACCAAAAUAAACUUUAAGAUUUUUCUGUA